AACCACCCCACCGGCAGGGUCCGGACCCGGGUGGGGCGCUCUCUUGGAGGCGGCGAGCUCCCCGCGGGGCCCUCUCCCGCCCCGGUUGAGCUCCUCGUGGCCCUGCAGGUCCCGCCCCCCGCCCCUAUGACCAACAUGAGCUGGAGCUUCCUGACGCGGCUGCUGGAGGAGAUCCACAACCACUCCACGUUCGUGGGCAAGGUGUGGCUCACGGUGCUGGUGGUCUUCCGAAUCGUGCUCACGGCCGUGGGCGGCGAGUCCAUCUACUCGGACGAGCAGACCAAGUUCACGUGCAACACGCGGCAGCCGGGCUGCGACAACGUGUGCUACGACGCCUUCGCGCCCCUGUCCCACGUGCGCUUCUGGGUCUUCCAGAUCGUGGUCAUCUCCACGCCCUCCGUCAUGUACCUGGGCUACGCCGUGCACCGCCUGGCCCGCGCCUCGCAGCUUGAGCGCCGCAGCGCCCCUCGCCGCCGCACGCCCCAGCCGCCACCCCCGCCACCCCACCCCGGCUGGCCCGAGCCCGCCGGCCUGGCCGAGGAGGAUCCCAUGCUGGGCCUGGGCGAGGAGGACGAGGAGCCGGGGGCGGCCGAGGGCCUGGGCGACGAGGACCAGGCGGAAGACGUGGGCGCGGCCAAGGGCGCGGGCGGGGACGCCAAGGGCGCGGGGGCCCCGGGCCCGGCCGGGCAGCACGACGGGCGGCGGCGCAUCCAGCGCGAGGGCCUGAUGCGCGUGUACGUGGCCCAGCUGGUGGCGCGCGCCGCCUUCGAGGUGGCCUUCCUGGUGGGCCAGUACCUGUUGUACGGCUUCGAGGUGCGGCCUUUCUUCCGAUGCAGCCGGCAGCCCUGCCCGCACGUGGUCGACUGCUUCGUGUCGCGGCCCACCGAGAAGACGGUCUUCCUGCUGGUCAUGUACGUGGUCAGCUGCCUCUGCCUGCUGCUCAACCUCUGCGAGAUGGCGCACCUGGGCCUGGGCAGCGCGCAGGACGCGGUGCGCGCCCGCCGCCCGCCACCCGCCGCCUCCGGCCUCGCGCCGCGUCCGCCGCCCUGCGCGCUGCCCGCCGCGCCCGGCCUGGCCUGCCCGCCGGACUACAGCCUGGUGGUGCGCGCGGCCGAGCGCGCGCGCGCCCACGACCAGGACCUGGCCAGCCUGGCGCUGCAGGCGCUGCGGGACGGGCGCGCGCUCGGGGACCGCGACAGCCCGCCAUGCCCCGGCCUCUCCGCGGCCGCCCGGGGGCCCCCGAGGGGCGGCGGCCCCGCCUCCGGGUCGGGUAGUGCCACGUCGGGGGGCACGGGCGGGGGCCAGGGCCGGUCGGGCGCCAAGCCCAGGGCAGUCUCCGAGAAGGGCAGUGCCAGCAGCAGGGAGGGGAGGCCCACCGUGUGGAUCUGAGGCCCCGUCCCCGCUGCUCUCG